AUGAAAGUGUGUUAUAGAAGUGUUAUAGUACCCAACCCGGGUACACCAGGGGUUGGAAAAAUCACACUAGGCAAAGAACUUGCAUCAAGAUCAGGACUGAACUACAUUAAUGUGGGUGAUUUAGGUAACGAGAUACAGUUAUUUGAAUGCUAUGAUGACGAGUAUGAUUUUCCCAUUUUAGAUGAAGAUAGAGUAAUUGAUGAGUUAGAAAACCAAAUGAAAAAAGGUGGUGUAAUUGUUGAUUACCGUGGUUGUGAUUUCUUCCCUGAUUACUGGUUUUACACUGUUUUUGUGUGGAGAACAGAUAACAGCAUAUUGUACAAAAGAUUUGAAAUGGCUUAUAAUGAGAAGAAACUACAAGACAAUAUUCAGUGUGAAAAUUUUCAAGUUAUUUAUGAAGAAGUCACGGCCUCCUACAGUGAAGUAGUAUGUCAGUUGCUUAGCAGUAACCCAGAAGAUAUAGAGAAUAAGAUAAACCACAUAUUGAAAUGGAUUGAACAAUGA